GGGACGAUACAAAGCCGGGGUGGAUCCACAUAACGCAUUUAAUGCCGACGUAGUCCGGAGUUUACUUCCUACCGGAUUACACUUUUCGCUACCGCUACCGGCACGAAGGCUUCUACGUAGCACGCCUGCUGUUGCCCUCGUGUGAAUUUUUAUCUAUUUUCAUCGCUACAGGCUUUUUUUCCAUCGUACUGAAUUACGCAUUUGGUUGACCUCGUACUUUUAGCUCGCCCUAGUAAAUUGAAUCAAUCUCGUCCGUGUCCUUCGCCUGAAUACCAAACCGGCCAAAUAAUUCACGGGCGGGCUUUACUCGUCCACUCCAACAUCGCGGCGCCGCUACGGCAACCAAGCCGCGCCAUCCUUCCGAUGGAUCCUUUAAUAAACCAGCAAGCACGGGGUCCGCCCAAGCGCACCCAGAUAAGCUAUGCCUGCGAGGCUUGUCGGAUUUCCAAGAUCAAGUGCCAGCCCGGGCCGCAGUCAGGGAUCUGUAAACGUUGCUCCGAGUUCAAGCGGGAGUGUGUCUUCCGCGCUAAUCCGCGAACCCGCCGGCCUAGGGUGUCGAGACCCGACACCGAGGCCCCCCCUCCCCCACCAGGCCCCAGCAAAACCUUCAGCAUCGAAUUCACCAUGCCCGUCGACAGCAACCCCCACGACGCCUUCGACGACCUGCGAGAAAAACACGAGCGCUUCAUCUCGGACCUCGUGCCCUCCUCCAGCGAAGAAGAAGAAGAAGAGGAGAACCUUACUACUACUACCACAUCCCAGGCAUUCAGUUUCAACGACCUCUCCACCCCAACCCCAUCAGCGCCCUCACGCCCUGUGAGCAGCCUCGGCAUCAAACCGCUCUUCAACCUCGACUCCGCAGCGAAGCUCCUCGCGUCGUUCCGCGCGAUGCUGCCGAGCUGCCCGUGCGUCGUGCUGCCCGACGACGAUGUGAGGGCGAUGGCGCGGAAGACGCCGUUUGUGCUGCUGGCGAUACUGGCGGUUACGAGCUGUUCGACGAGCUUGCAGGGGCAUAGUUUGUAUGAUGAGGAGUUUCGCAAGAUACUGGGGUUGAAGUUUGUGGCGGGGGGGGAGAGGUCGGUGGAGUUGUUGCAGGGGGUGUUGGUUUAUUGUGCUUGGUAUCCCUUCCACCUGCGCCCUAAGAAUAGGCAGGUGCUACAGUAUCUGAGGAUGGCAGUGGAUAUCGUACACGACUUAGAACUAGACGAGGAGACGGAUUCAAACUUCACGUCGCAAUCCCCUGAGAGGGUAGCAGAAAGAUUACAGAGCAUCCGAGCGUACCUCACUUGCUUUUAUAUCAACUCCGUACACGCAUGGGCAUGGUCCAAGCCCUACACCCUGCGCUACACCUCAUGGCUGUCCAAAUGCUGCGACACUCUCGAGCAGACCAGCGACCUCGAACAAGACCAUAUCCUCGUGUGGCUAGUGCGCCUACAGUACAUCCUCAACGAGCUCGAGGAAGCAGACCGAAUUAAUAAGAAAGCCGAUGCUGCUAGUACUAGCAGUCAGAGCGAGCACCACCGCCGGCUCAUACGUAUUGGGCUAGAGACGGAGCUACGCGACUUUCAGACGAGGAUUCCGGGACAUAUAUCUACGAGGCCAAGCAUCCUAAUGCUCUCCCUCAUCGCCGACAUCUACCUCCUCGCCGCGCCCCUCAUCCAAGUCCGCAUCACCACCACCACCACCUCCUCCUCCUCCUCCUCCCUCGACCCCGUAAAGCUGCAAGCCGUAACCUACACCGUGCGCGCCUUCUUCGACUACGCCACCAGCCUCAACGAGGCGCAGAAGGCCUGCUUCAGCGGUGUCGACACGGCGCGCUUCAUCCACGCCGUCAUCCUCGCGUACAGGCUCUCGUUCCCGGUCCCGGCGUGUCCGGGGUACGACUGUGUGCAGGGGAGGCGGGUGCUUGAUUUUGGGAGGGUUUUGGCGAGGUUGUCGGAGAGUGGUGGUGGUGGUGGUGGUGAUGACGCUGGUACUGGGGGUGAAGGGGUGGGGGUAGGGGGGGAUGAUGCCGAGACACGGGGGAAGAGGAAAGUAGACGUCGUCGCGGCGCUGCAAGUCGUGCUGGGCUCUGUGCAGGCGAAGUUCGAGAGGAAGAGCGAGGGGCUGCAGGCGGCAGUCGCGGCGGCGGCGGAGGAGAGCACGAGGAGGGCGCGUGGGUGUCCCAUGUUUGACGGGAGCUUGGACGCGUACUUGCCGUUGUGGGAGGGCCAGCAGAGCAGUGGGAGCAUGAGCUCGUCCUGCGCGACUUUCUCCUCCGCGGAUAGUGGCCUGGCGUGUCCGGUGGGGCCGGCGAAACCGGAGUGUUUCCAUGAUCUGUGGGCGACUAUGACGGUUGGUUGGGCCGCGGAGGCGGACUUUGGUCUACGGCUAGGGGGUGAUGGUGAUAUGGUGGGGUUUGGCGUUGGGAAUGGUGGCGUUGAUGAGCUUGUUGAAUUGGGAGAGUUAUGAAAAAAGGGGGGGGAUUUGAGACAAAUGAUACAGUAUCCUAGGUAUUUAAGUCCAUGAAGAAAUACUUUGCUAUCUUGGCUAUGCGGCGAACCGUGGUCUUCUUGAUUAAGCACACCGAGGUAUGUAGGUGUAGGUAUAGAUAAUGUCUCCUUCCGUGUCUCAGGUGAUAACAAUGUCCUCUGUGCAUUCCCGACCGGACUUUUCUCUUGUCGCCAUUAACACAUUAAUAACUUGCAAUUAACACAUUAGCAUCUGUAAAGUAUAUACCUACGACUGCUUUAUGUUCACAACCUUGGAAGUUUGCUUGCGAUUCCCCUUAAUUUAAAGGAU